AAAAAAAAAAAAAGAAAAAGAAAAAAACUUAAAAAAGUCCACUACACCCCUAUGGGAAUCGGUGGUGGUUCCUCUUCCUCUCCUCCCCACUACGCCUCCACCACCACCUCCUCCUCUUCCUCUUCCUCUUCCCUCUCCUCAACCCCGUCACCGCCCCAAACCCUAACCCUCGAUCCGAGCGCGUCAGAUGCCCGCUGAAUGGGGAAGCUCGGGGAAGUCGAGCUCGCCGUCCCCGGGCCGAGCGGCGGCGGCGGCGGCGGAGGAGGAGGAGGAGGAGGAGGAGGCGGCGGCGCGUUACUCGGCUCCUGCGUAUCUGGGAUCGGUAGGUGCGUCACGCUCAAGUGCGUCUUCGUGCUCCUCCUCGGCGUCGGCGUGCUCCUCUCCGCCCUCUUCUGGCUCCCGUCCUUCCGCGCCUUCCGAUCCGGGUUCGUCUCCGAUGAUCCCGAUGCCCUGUCAGCGAAUAUUCAUGCCAGCUUCAUUUUGGAAAAGCCAGUUUCACUGCUUGUUGCACAUAUAGGAAGAUUAGAGUAUGACAUAUAUGAGGAAAUAGGAGUACCUAAUAGUAAGGUUUCUAUUAUUUCCAUGAACUCUUUGGCUCCUGAAAAUUCUACAAAUGUGGUAUUUGGCGUUCUUCCCGAGUCCAAAUAUGCCUCAAUAAGUACACCAGCCCUAAGUGUACUAAGAUCAUCUUUUAUAGAGCUGGUACUUAAGCAGCUGAAUUUGACUUUGACACCAUCCAUUUUUGGGCAGCCGGUUUCUUUUGAGCUUUUAAGGUUUCCUGGAGGUAUUAAUGUGAUCCCUGUGCAGUCAGCUUCUAUUUGGGAAAGAACACAAAUUCUCUUUAAUUUUACAUUAAAUAACUCCGUUGAGGAGGUUCUCAAAAAUCUUGAUGAGCUGAAGGACCAGCUGAAGUUUGGGUUGAAUCUGAAGUCUAAUGAGAAUGUGUAUGUGGAGAUGACCAAUGAGAACGGAUCGACAGUGGCUCCUCCAGUUGUUGUCCAGGCAUCAGUUUUAUCAGAUAUUGGGAGUGGUAGUCUUCUACCUUACAGAUUAAAACAACUAGCACAGGUUAUUACAGCACCUGAUACAAAAAACCUCGGCCUUAAUCACUCUGUAUUUGGUAAAGUUAAGGGUGUUCAGUUGUCAUCAUACCUAAAUCACUCAAUCUCGUCUCUAGCUCCUAGUCAAUCUCCAUCUCCAACUCCCGCUCUCUCCCCUUCACUCUCUCCCUCGCCCUCUCCCUCUCCCUCUCCACCUCCUACAUCUUUCAACCCCACACUCUCUCCUGCUCCCUCUCCAUUAUCUAACCAACCAUCGGAAAGCCCAAUUGCUUAUGCACCUUCACGAGGAAAUUAUCCAAAACCGCCUUCUCAAUUCACGAACUCACCAUCGCCUUCGGUGGUUGCUGAUCCUCCAAAACCUUGUCGAUCCCUUCAUCCAUCACUUCCACCAUAUGCUUUUCCUCCUCAUCAUUCUGCAAAUGCACCCACACCUCAACGGCAUAAACUAUUGAGUCCUCCUUCCCAAAGUGCCCCUAAGCAUUCCCAGUUGGCACCUGCAAAUUAUGGUCCGAACCCGUUGCAUGGAAAGAGAAGUGGCGGUGCACCAACGCCAUCAAUGCUUGUGUCAUCAGCAAUUUCCUCACGACAAUCAUACCAUUCCUACUGGGGAAUUUGGCUAACUGGAUAUUUGGGGCUGCUGUUAUUCUAUCAGCUAUGAGGAUGGUGCUGAUUUGUGUAUACUAUUCAGUGAACAGAACAUGGUCAUCUAACCCAAUUUUGGGUACUCAUACUGAGAAAGUAAGUAAAAAUAAUUGACUGUGGUCAGGAGUUGGAUGCAGUAUAUUGGCUUGUGAUGAUGGAGAGGACCCCGAAAUAGUCGAUACCUAAACGGAGGGUUUAGGUGGUAAAUCUCAGUAAAGUGUAGAUAGAGAUCUAUAGGAUGCUCGGAAGUUUUAAGUUUAGCGCGCGGCCGAAGCUGCAAAGGUAGCCGGCCUUAAUUCCUCCUGAAUCAUGAAGUUCUCCCCGAAGGGUCGGAGUACUUCGAGGCUGUUAAUGUAACCGAAGAUGUAAUUUUUAUCCCUUUUUUGGCUUCUUUUUAUUUUAUGCUUUAUCCUUUUGUAAACACACACUGUUAACUGACAUUACCUACUGUAAUAUUGGGCAUUUUAAAAGAUAAGCUCUUCUUAUGUGGUGU